AUGUCAAACAUAACUUAUGAUGACCAUGAUCCACUAGCUGAUAAUCCGUUUGCAGAACAUUCUAGUGCUGUAACAGAACCAAGUCAUAUACGUCCCCCAGAUGACGAUGAUGAAGAAGAAGAAGAGGAAGAAGAAGAAGAACAGAAUACUACUAAUCUAAAUGAUGCAAAUUCAAAUGAGAAUCAACCAAAUGUCUCACAGGAAGCCACUUCUGCAAUAGUUACACCUCCAGAACAACAACAACAACAACAACAACAACAACAACAACAACAACAACAACAACAAGGAAUCGAACGUACUAUUGAUCUAGCUAAACUUCUUCCAGAACGUAAAGAUGUUGGUAAAUAUACAUUAAUUGUUAAAGUAAUUGGGUUAGAAAGAGUUGGGUCAAUAUCAAAUAAGAAAGAAAAUCCAACUAUAAUAUUCAAUUGUUCAACAAAUAUACCAACUUUUCGUAAACAAAAACAUAAAAAUUUAAGGAAAUCUACUCAAGAGUUUCAAAAUUUAUUUAAAUAUUUGAAUAAUAGUAUCCCAGAAUCAUUUAUUCCCUCAUUACCAUCACCUUAUACAAACUAUGGUAUCAACAAUGAAGAAGAUCACGAUAGUACAGUAAGUAAUUAUCAGGAAUGGUUUAAUAGAUUAUGUCUUGAUCCAUUAAUCUUAAGAAAUGAAGAAUUAGCCUUUUUUAUCGAGAGUGAUUACAAUACAUAUAUUCCAAUCAAUUCAACAACGGCACAAGUAAGUGGCCUAAAGAGGAAAACAUUAAAACAAUUGGCCCCACCUUAUGAUGAAGUAAUAGAAUUAGCUGAAUUUAGACCAAUGGUGAAAUCAAUAUAUGUUGGAGUUCAAACCGUUCAAGAGAAAUUAUUAAAAGCUAGUAAAUCAAGAAGGUUGCUAGUUCAGGAAGAAAAUGAAUUUGGACAAAAAUUCAGUUUAUUGAAUGGUAAUAAUAUUAAUAACGAAAAUGAGGAAAGACUUUAUAAAAGAUAUGGGAAAGUAUUAACUGCAGUUGGUGAUAUAAAUAGUAUAAUUGCUACUAUGGAUAUGGCAACUUUAUAUGAUGGACUUGAAUGGGUUGUUAAAGAUUCAUAUAUUGUCAAAGAAGCACUUACAAAUCGACAUUUUGUUAUGAGAGAUUUAUCUCAAGCCCAACAAAAUUGUAAGAAUAAGCAAGAAGCCGCUAGGAAAUUAAGAAGUAAAAGAGAUACUAAUCCAAUUAAAGUUGAAGAUGCAUUACGUAGUUUAAAGAUAGCUACAACAACAGAGCAAAACUUAACAUUAAAAUUACAAAGACUUACUGGAAAUAUGUUAAUCGAACGAAAACAAUGGAUUGAUUGGUAUGAAAAAUGGUUAAUCAAAUCAAUUAAAUCAUACACUUUAAGACGUAUUGAAUAUGAAAGAAAGAAACUUUCAUUAUUAGAAAGAGUUCGUUCAGAAGUUAGACGAGCAGAUAUGAAAGGUGGUCUUUCACGUCUUGGAAGACAUACCGUAUCACGUAAACAUGACGAAAUAUCACAAAGUACGCGAGGAGAUAGUUGGACAGGUGAAAUACGUCAUCACAGUCAACAAGAAAUUAAUUCGGUGUCGCACACGGAAUUCGACAAAUCGUUGACUAUUGAAAGUAAUGCAUUGCCUGGUAAUAAACCUGACGAAGAAUCUUCAACAAGAGAAUCUAACAUGUUAAAUGCCAAAAGUGCGGCACAUAUGUUAGGUAUCUCGACAUAUAAUGGAAGAUGA